GUUUUUCUUCUCGUUAAACCCUCUACUCUCUUCUCCUGAAAGCUGGGCUUUUUUCUUUCACUUCAGAAUUUCGUUGAAAAUAAAGCUUUGAUUUUUAAAAAUUGAAAUCUUCUUCAGUCGAUCGUGUUGAACUUUGAGAUAAUAGGCGGUUUGGAACAGGAAGAUGCGGAUGCUAUUAAGACCAGGAAUUAUAUUCCAUACAGUUACAAAGUCAUCUCGUGUUGUCGCAGUUUGUAAGCACUUAUCAUCUUUGUCUGAUAAUGGCGAAAAUCAUGAGAAACCAUAUACAUUUGAGGGUAAUAGGCAAAUUGUUAAUGAUAUUUGCAAUGUUUUGGAGACUGGUGCAUGGGGUCCUUCAGCUGAGAAUGCUCUAUCUGCUCUAAACUUUAAACCACAACCAGAAUUUGUCAUUGGGGUUUUACGGAGGCUGAAAGAUGUUAAUCGGGCGAUUGAGUAUUUCCGUUGGUAUGAGAGAAGAACCGAGCUACCUCAUUGUCCCGAAUCAUACAACUCCUUGCUUUUGGUGAUGGCUCGUUGUAGGAAUUUUGAUGCUUUGGACCAGAUUCUUGGAGAAAUGAGUGUUGCAGGAUUUGGCCCUUCUGUUAACACUUGUAUUGAGAUGGUUUUGAGCUGCGUUAAGGCUAAUAAGCUUAGGGAAGGUUUUGAUGUUGUGCAGAAUAUGAGGAAAUUCAAGUUCCGACCUGCUUUUUCAGCUUACACAACUCUUAUCGGUGCUUUCUCAGCAGUUAAUCAUUCUGAUAUGAUGUUGACACUCUUUCAGCAAAUGCAGGAGUUAGGAUAUGAGCCAACCGUUCAUCUUUUUACAACAUUGAUUCGGGGCUUUGCCAAAGAGGGUCGAGUUGAUUCUGCUCUAUCUUUGCUUGAUGAGAUGAAGAGCAGCUCUCUUGAUGCCGACAUUGUUCUUUAUAAUGUAUGUAUAGAUAGCUUUGGUAAAGUGGGCAAGGUUGAUAUGGCAUGGAAAUUUUUUCAUGAGAUUGAAGCGAAUGGUUUAAAGCCUGAUGAAGUCACUUAUACCAGCAUGAUAGGAGUCCUGUGCAAGGCAAACAGAUUGGAUGAAGCUGUAGAGAUGUUUGAGCAUUUAGAGAAGAAUAGACGGGUCCCUUGCACUUAUGCUUACAACACGAUGAUUAUGGGUUAUGGUUCGGCUGGAAAAUUCGAUGAAGCAUACAGUCUCCUAGAGAGGCAAAGGGCAAAAGGGUCUAUACCAAGUGUGAUUGCAUAUAAUUGCAUUCUUACAUGCUUAAGGAAAAUGGGAAAAGUAGACGAAGCUUUGAGAGUAUUCGAGGAGAUGAAAAAAGACGCUGCUCCAAAUCUUUCAACCUAUAAUAUUCUCAUUGACAUGCUGUGUAGAGCUGGUAAACUUGACUGUGCCUUUGAGCUACGCGAUUCUAUGCAGAAGGCUGGUCUGUUUCCUAAUGUUAGGACUGUGAACAUAAUGGUUGAUCGGCUGUGUAAAUCCCAAAAACUUGAUGAAGCAUGUGCUAUAUUUGAGGAGAUGGAUUAUAAGGUUUGUACCCCAGAUGAGAUUACAUUUUGCUCCCUCAUAGAUGGCUUAGGAAAGGUCGGAAGAGUUGAUGACGCUUACAAAAUCUAUGAGAAGAUGUUGGAUUCUGAUUGUCGUACUAACUCCAUUGUUUACACAUCCCUCAUAAAAAACUUCUUCAACCACGGUAGAAAAGAAGAUGGACACAAGAUAUACAAGGACAUGGUUAAUCAAAACUGUUCUCCUGAUUUACAGCUUCUUAAUACGUACAUGGAUUGCAUGUUCAAGGCUGGAGAACCAGAAAAAGGAAGGGCGAUGUUUGAAGAAAUAAAAGCCUGUCGGUUUGUCCCAGAUGCUCGAAGCUACUCGAUUUUAAUUCAUGGACUAAUAAAAGCAGGAUUUGCAAAUGAAACUUAUGAGUUGUUUUAUUCCAUGAAAGAGCAAGGCUGUGUCUUGGACACCCGUGCUUACAAUAUUGUCAUUGACGGUUUCUGCAAGUGCGGAAAAGUGAACAAAGCUUAUCAGCUGCUGGAGGAAAUGAAGACAAAAGGUUUUGAGCCAACUGUCGUUACGUAUGGUUCAGUCAUUGACGGGCUUGCGAAAAUAGAUCGGCUUGAUGAAGCUUAUAUGCUCUUUGAGGAAGCAAAAUCAAAGAGAAUAGAGCUAAACGUGGUAAUUUACAGUAGUCUAAUUGAUGGGUUUGGAAAAGUUGGUAGGAUAGACGAAGCUUACCUUAUCUUGGAAGAGCUUAUGCAGAAAGGAUUAACACCUAAUGUUUAUACAUGGAACUCAUUGCUUGAUGCAUUGGUCAAAGCUGAGGAAAUCAACGAAGCGCUUGUCUGUUUUCAGUCGAUGAAAGAAUUGAAAUGCACGCCAAACCAAGUUACUUAUGAGGCUGGGGCGCUCUUUGAUCGGUUUAAGGCAAACGGUGGUGUUCCAGACUCUCCUUGUUAUAAUGCCAUGAUCGAAGGUCUAAGUAACGGAAACAGGGCAAUGGAUGCUUUUUCUCUUUUUGAGGAAACACGUCGAAGAGGAUUACAUAUCCAUAACAAAACCUGUGUUGUUCUUUUGGAUACGUUGCAUAAGAAUGAUUGUCUUGAGCAAGCAGCUAUUGUUGGAGCUGUUUUAAGGGAAACAGGAAAGGCACGGCAUGCUGCACGAUCUUGGUAGACAGUUAUCAUAAUCUCGUUUCUUGUAUAGGACAACCAAACAGAGACAUUUUAGGUUAUGUCUGAUUUCAGUCAAGUGAGCAUUCUGAAUCACAAGGCUCCCAAGUUUCUGGAGAGGGCAAUGUUUGUUUGACAUCUGUCAGUGUUCACAGAUCGAGAAAAAUAGGUGAUCUUCACUGGAAACAUGCUUAAAUCUGUGGAAAAAGGAUCAAUAAACACCAGAUAAUUAC